CUCAUUAAUUCCUCAUUAUCACACAUCACCUUCUCUUUUCUUUGCAAUUUCUCAGUCAUCUCAAAUGGCGCAACUCUCUUCCUCGGUGAAUCCAGUGCCCAUGCUGAAAGAUGAGCUCGACAUCGUGAUCCCAACGAUCCGCAACCUGGACUUCUUGGAGAUGUGGAGGCCAUUCUUUGAGCAAUACCAUCUGAUCAUCAUUCAGGAUGGUGAUCCUUUACAGACCAUCAAGGUUCCAAAAGGGUUCGACUAUGAGCUGUACAACAGGAACGAUAUCAAUCGUAUCUUGGGUCAGAAGGCAUCUUGCAUUUCCUCCAAGGACUCUGCUUGCCGCUUCUUCGGUUACUUGGUCUCCAAGAAGAAGUAUAUCUAUACCAUUGAUGAUGAUUGCUUCGUUGCAAACGAUCCAUCGGGGAAUGAUAUCAUUGUGAUUGAGCAACAUAUAAUGAACCUCUUAACUCCAUCAACCCCACACUUCUUCAACACACUUUAUGAUCCAUACGCAAGUGGUGCCGACUUUGUUCGUGGAUACCCUUUUAGUAUGCGCGAAGGUGCUUUAACUGUGGUCUCCCAUGGCCUUUGGCUCAACAUGCCUGACUAUGAUGCUCCCACUCAGCUUGUGAAGCCACUUGAGAGGAAUUCCAGGUACGUUGAUGCUGUUAUGACCAUCCCCAAAGGAACUCUUUUCCCCAUGUGUGGUAUGAACCUCGCUUUUGACCGUGAGCUCAUUGGCCCGGCUAUGUACUUUGGACUUAUGGGACAUGGCCAACCAAUUGGAGGUUAUGACGACAUGUGGGCUGGUUGGUGUGUCAAGGUGAUAUGUGACCAUAUGGGGUGGGGUGUGAAGACGGGUCUGCCUUACGUAUGGCACAGUAAAGCCAGCUGCAACCGAUUGGAGAAUCUGGAGAAGGAAUACAAUGGAAUAUUCUGGCAGGAAGAGGCGAUACCUUUCUUUCAGUCAGUUGCUCUACCCAAUGAAUGCACUUCGGUGCAGCAAUGCUACCUCGAGCUGGCUAAGCAAGUGAAGGAGAAACUUGGAAAGGUGGAUCCUUACUUCAUCAAGCUUGCAGAUGGAAUGGUCACUUGGACUGAAGCUUGGGAAGAGCUCAACACUCCAAUGGCAACCCAAAACUGAAGCACUAAACGAGGGCGUGGUAAGUAAAACUGUGAAAGAGAAGACGUGAAUGUUAAAAGAAAAACCCAAAGUACAAGUAAAACUGAAGCACUAAGGUUGGUAUUAUCACAUGUGUAACCCUCUAUAUGCUUCUCAUAAUAAUAAUGUUAAAGAAAAAUGUAAUAUGUUCUUAAGUUAUGUGUGUUGCCUUUACCGGCUUAUAGGUAUGAUAUAAAUAAUGAUGUAAUGUAAUGCAAAAUUAUAACUAUCUUUUUCUUCUUUUUAUAUAUAUAUUACUAUUUACUUA